AUGCCUAUCAAAGUACAGUCCUCUGGGUUACUGAUGCCAUUGCUGCUGCUGCUGCUGUUCACCCUGCCAGCCACAGGCUCGGACCCUGUACUCUGCUUCACUCAGUAUGAAGAAUCCUCUGGCAGGUGCAAGGACCUGCUGGGGGGAGGUGUUAGUGCUGAUGACUGCUGUCUAAAUGUUGCCUAUGCCUUCCAGGAUCCAGACAGUGGGCUCUGUCAAUCAUGCAGGUCUGCACGAUGGUCUCCAUGGUCCAUGUGGGCCCCCUGUUCAGUGACCUGCUCUGAGGGUUCCCAGCUGAGGUACCGCCGUUGUAUAGGCCGUGGCAGACAGUGUUCUGAGAAGGUGGAACCAGGGACUCUUGAGUGGCAACUACAGGCCUGUGAAGAUCUGCCAUGCUGUCCUGAGAUGGGUGGCUGGUCUGACUGGGAGCCCUGGGGACCCUGCUCUAUCACAUGCUCCAAAGGGACUCGAAUUCGUCAGCGAGCAUGUGACAAUCCUUCCCCCAAAUGUGGGGGCCACUGUCCAGGAGAAGUACGUGAAUCGGAGAUCUGUGACACCCAGCAAAUCUGCCCUAUACAUGGGACCUGGGCUACCUGGGGCCCCUGGAGUCCCUGUUCAGGCUCCUGUCAUGGUGGAUCCCAUCUUCCUGUGGAGAGACGAAGUCGUACCUGUUCUGCACCUGAGCCCUCUACAAAGCCUCCUGGGAAGCCCUGCUCAGGGGCCACCUAUGAGCAGCGGGGUUGUGCUGGUCUUCCACCCUGUCCAGUAGCUGGGGGCUGGGGACCAUGGGGCCCUGUGAGCCCCUGCCCUGUGACCUGUGGCCUUGGCCAGACUAUGGAAGAGCGGACAUGCAAUAACCCUCUGCCCCAGCAUGGAGGACCCUUUUGUGUUGGUGACUCUACCCGGACUCACAUUUGCAACAUGGCUGUGCCUUGCCCUGUGGAUGGAGAAUGGGAGCCCUGGGGGGAGUGGAGCACUUGUUCCCGCCGAAACCUGAAGUUUAUCAACUGUGAAGAAAUCCCAGGGCAGCAAACACGCUCAAGGGACUGCAAGGGCCGCAAGUUUGAUGGACAGCGGUGUGCUGGGAAACAGCAAGAUAUCCGACACUGCUAUAAUGUCCAUCAGUGCCGCUGGAAAGGCUCGUGGCUGGAAUGGAGUACCUGGGGCCUGUGCAUGCCUCCUUGUGGACCCAACCCCACCCGUGCCCGCCAACGCCUCUGUGUAGCUCCAUUCCCCAAAUUCUCGCCCACUGUUUCCAUGGUAGAAGGUCAGGGUGAGAAGAAUGUGACUUUCUGGGGAACAAUGCAGCCACUGUGUGAGGAGCUGCAGGGACAGAAACUGGUGGUGGAGGAGAAGCGGCCAUGUCUACAUGCACCUGCCUGCAAAGACCCUGAGAACAGGAAGCUGUAA